GGAACACGUGUGCACAGCUAGCACGGCAUGGCCGCCAGGGCGCGAGUUGGUGUUGGUAGCGGCCUCUAUUGGGUCUAUCUUAUCAGUUUCAGACUUACAAAUGACGGGCAGUGGUUGAUUUUAAAUUAAGACGUUGCUUGGAAAGAUUUUACAGAUUUUGAAGUGAGGCAACGAUGAUUUAGCUUACCCGUGCCAUUCAUUUUGCUGUAGUGCACAGGUUAACUUUAAGCCCAGGCUAGGCAGGCCAAUUAUGAAUAUGAGACGACGAAGUUUCUCGUGCGGCGCUUGGAUCAGAUCCAUAAUUUCCACUAUGAUAAUUUCUCAGUACUGUAUUAGUGCAAUAGCGCCCUCAUUCAAUUAGGCUGAAACAUGACCCCGGAAGUGAUUUGCUACGUAGCACAUCGUGCGGUGGUGGCGACACGACAUGCACGAUGGAAAGGAAUUGUUGGUGAUCGCUGCCGUCCAGAAAGUCUUAAGUCGGCCUGAUCACAGAACAGUGUAACAGUUGAAAAGUUGAUCAUGCUCUUCAUUAACAGUAUGGCCGUGAUUUGUUGGCGGUAGCGCUGCUAUAAAAGGCCAUGGAUGUCGGCAGUCGACGUGUUAGCAGUACUUCACGUGGUGGUCGUACAUGAUGGUGCUCGACGCACGGAAAACAACACAACUUCAAUCACGGUCCGCUGUGGUGGCCUUGACGUCGCCGGCGGGCAACGGCGGGCAAAUGAAGCGGACUUCGCGGCUCUGUUACCGGUACCGGAGGGCUGUCUACGUGGCCACGUUUAUCAUCGUGGUCCAGCUUGUCGCGGCCUGGACUUUCUUCUUCGUCUUGGAAAAAGAUGAAGAAGGUCGAAGGAGACGAGAGGAGAUGGUUUGGUCGGCGGAUCGAGAGCUGGGGAGAGUGGGCGGAGCCGGUGGAGAGAUGAAGGGGGGCAGUAGCAGAGAUGUCAACCCUAAACUGAGCGGGGUACAUGGUGUUCUGCAAAAACAACCAGUUGACAAAAUCCAGUUUGCAUCUGUCGGAAACAACUCCAGUUAUCCAAAGAUAAAAGAAAACAACUUUCAGAAUGGCAAAGGUAACGUGCCACGCCAACAGGUCACUGUUGCUAGUGUUCUGUCGCUGGGCAUCUUCAAAGACGCCAUGAAUCAGUUUAACGAAUCACCCGUGUAUCGCCAUGGCGGUCGGGCCAAACAGACAAAGGAGGACAAAUUUCCGUUGGACAGGAGGCGGACUAAGGGGAAACAGACAAAAUCAAAGACUAAACCAGUACCCGAGCAACCGGUACCCGAGCAACCGGUACCCGAGCAACCGGUACCCGAGCAGGUCAACUCAAAUCAACUUACUAACAGUGCUAAUGCAAACUCAAUGGACAAGGCGGCCAUAUUGGUGGCCCCGCCGGCAUAUGAUGAUAAUGACCCACCUGACGAAGCCCCACCAUUCGAUGGAGCCUUGCCUGCGGACAAGGAAACUUCGCCCAUUGGGGGCGGGAAACCAGUGAAACAGUACCAGAGCAGGAAGGCCAACAUGACCAUCGUCGGCAAUAAGACUGUCCAGUUCGAUUACUCAUCGAGUUGUCCGAUUGAAGGAAAGGAUGCCGUUUCGGCGCUGGGUCGUGCCACGACGCUGCAAUGCAAGCAGGACAUUGCCGACGUCGUCUGUCGGAUGAAGAAGGGCUCCCUCUAUCCUCAGAAGAUUGCAAGAAUGUGCCCCCUGAAAGGCAAACCAAAUAAUGAAGUUGACGACAAAAUCAAGUACAAGCUAGUCGACGAUAAACCAGUACGCAUUGUGUACGUUCUAGUUGUUCACGGCCGAGCUCUUCGCCAAGUCCGUCGGUUGAUACGGCUGCUGUUCCACACAGAUCAUUACUUCUACAUACAUGUUGACUCGAGGUCCGACUACCUUCACCGUGAGCUCAGCAAGAUGGCCCAGGCCUUCAGCAACAUCCGACUGACCCCCUGGAGGUUGGCCACCAUCUGGGGUGGAGCCAGCCUCCUACAGGUCUACCUACGCUGCAUGGAGGACCUGCUCAACAUGGCGGACUGGCAGUGGGAUUUCUUCAUCAACCUGAGCGAGUCCGACAUGCCCAUCAAGACCAAUGAGUACCUGGUCAGCUUCCUCAGCCGGUAUCGCAAAUACAACUUCUUGAAGGCUCACGGAAACGACGACGAGAGGAAAGACAAAAAGGGAAAACGAAAACCUGGGUUUAUAAAGAAGCAAGGCCUGGAUAAGGUGUUUUACGAGUGCGAUACCCACAUGUGGAGGCUGGGCGACCGCAAGCUACCCACGGGCAUUACGCUGGACGGAGGGUCCGAUUGGAUCACCAUCAACCGUCAGUUUGUGGAGUACCUGAUCACGUCCAAGAACGAGCUGUUGACGGGAUUGAAGCAGAUGUAUAAGUACACGCUGCUGCCUGCCGAGUCUUUCUUUCAUACAGUCCUGGAGAACAGCGAGUUGUGCAAGACGUUCGUGGACAACAACCUGCGCGUGACCAACUGGAAGCGCAAGCUGGGAUGCCAGUGCCAGUACAAGCACAUUGUGGACUGGUGCGGCUGCUCCCCUAACGACUUCAAACCAGAAGACAUGUAUAAAACAAAGCCAAACCGUCCAGCCUACUUCGCCCGCAAGUUUGAGCCAGUCAUCAACCAGGCCGUCAUCAACCAACUUGACACGUACCUCUAUGGCGCCUACCCCGUUGGCACUGCGGGCGAUCGCUCGUAUUGGCAGAGCCUGUACCACCGAGCAGACGGAGCCACAGAGGCCCCCGGCGACAUCCCGCUGACCGUCUAUCAGAGCUUUGUCCGGCUGAUGGCUGCCCACAUCAACCUGGUGUCCCAGGGCCACCCGUACGACAACCACUGUGCCUACAGCAUCAAGUCUUCCCCGACCGAGGUCACCUUGUUCUUCCAGAACGACGACUUCCGGGGCGUGGUCGUCUCGGUGGAAGGCCAGACGCCAAAUGGUGCCACGGAUAUACUGGAGGUGUGGUUGUCGCUGGCCAGGGAAUUCAGAAUAGUCAGCUACGUCGGGCCCAGUACACGGCUGCAGAAAUUUCAGGUGGGCACGCAAUACGACCUCAAGGAGCGCGUCCUGCGCAACUUUGCCAACAUCAUGGGUCCCGAGGACAGUCCCAUCGUCUUCAUCAAAUGGAAACCGGGAGAACAAGUCCAGGUGACCAUCUCCUGGAUCGAUCCGACCAAUCACAUCGCGGCGUCGUUUGACACCACGGUGGACCACGACAAGGAAGAGACGCACCACAGUCCUCCGUUUAAAAAACCGCUCCGGCCGGGCAAGUGGUACGUCAAGCUGUUGUAUCAGUGGAUGGUUGUCGCUGAAGUGGAAUUCCUGAUCGUCCCGCAAGCCCUCGCGGAGGGCAGGCCGAUUCAGCGCCACGACUCCAUCAUGCUCAACUCGGGCGUGCCCAACAACAGCUACGUGGAGAAGGACUUCUCAAGCAUGAAAUCGAUCUUCCAGCUGGGGGACUCGGCCAGCUUGAUCGCGGAGGCCAACAAGCGAGCGCAGAACGUGGGGGAGGCUCUCCACGACUGGGUGGACGAGAUCGUUGGCCAGCACUGGUCCGUCAUGGGCUUCUGCGUGGCUCCGACGAACGGCACGAAAGUGGCCGAGUGCCGGCAGUUCAAACCGUGCUACGGUCAGUCCUGGAGCACACUGUCACCGGAUUCCAAAUCGGAUCUAAGUCAUGUCAAAGCGGACGGUCGGAUUAGGUGAUAAACAAAAACACAAGCUGAUUUUGGAAUGAGCCGUUAUUGGUUGUUUUACUCACUCGUCAUGAAUACCGGUGAAACUGGUUCCUUUGUGUGACGUUUGUAGAAUGCUGCAUAAAAUGCCACAGUGUUCAAAUCUCAUAAAAAGGGUGACGAAAGGUCGUUUGGUAAUGUGAUCUGUGGAUGCAACAUGACGACUCAACCUGAAUCACUAGCGGCAAAAUGCGUCAAUUACGCAACAAUUUCGGUUAAUUCCAAGCUCAAUGGACAACUGCUAGUGGUAAAACAAAAGAGAAUAUUUAUUUUUAUACAGUAAUUUAACCCUGUGUUCAACUGGUGCUGUAUAUAUUAAGGCUGUUAAUAAUGAAUAGAAUUAUAGUUAGUUUCUAGUUUUAUAUGUUUUGUAUGUCAUAAAUACCAGUUUUAUAUCCUGCAUUGUAAGUGGUGUAUCUUAAUUCGGCAAAUUCUGUUUGUUGUUUUACCCUUUUUCUGUGUGAGCUGCAGCACAGGACCCUUAUUUUUUUUUUUUUCUCAAACUCUUCUCAAGCAAGUUCCAAAAAUAAUCUCUACUGCAGAAAGGCCUAAGUUCAACAAUCAUUGGCUGACUUUGUGGUCACAUAAUAGCAAAAAUGUGAAUGAUCGCAAGUCAAGCAUAACCACUGAACCUCACAUCCCUGGCUCCCUGCUGUACAUUGAAAUACACAUGGCAUGUAACCAGUGAUGUGACACUCACCACCGAUAUUCCUGGUAGUGUUUUGAGAAACUAGUUUAUAGAAAAACUAUGAAGUAUAAAACUAUAACAAGCCUAAAGUUUUCAGAUCAUGCCAAAAAAUAAAUGUGCAUAUUAUUUUUAAAUUGUGAGGGCAUUGUCUGCUUUGAAAAAUAAUAGUUGUUUAGUUUGACAUUUAGAUACAAAGUCUGUGGAAAACGUUUGCCCUCAAAUGGCAAAAGUGGAAAACAGUACUGCUAUGGUUGGACCACAGUACACACAAUUUCAUUUCAUCUGAAUGUGCUCAAACUCACAGCAUCUUUGCGCCAGGCUUAUAUGGCUGCAAUGCCUGCAAGUGUCCUGCCAAGCUCUCUCUUCGCAGCCGUUGAGGGGGUGCUUGCGCAUGGAGUCUAAAGAAGGAGUUGUGCGCGCAGCACCAUCAACAUGUACACUCCCAGCACAGAUUCUAUAAUAAGCAACUGACCAAGUUCAUGAAAUUUUAAACUAUAAAUUAUUUUUUCUUCCGCGAUGUUUACAGACGACAGCAUUAUGAGUUGGUAUCUGAUGAUACAAUUUUCAUUUUUAUACUUAAUUUUCUAUGUUGUUUUGUCUACCUGUAUGUCACUGUUUUGAACAUUGCCACCUUUUUUUACCACCUUUGACAAACAAAGUAGAGGUGUUCAUUAACUGUUUCUAAGAGGCUUUUUAAAAAUCAGGUGGGUGCCAACGGUUGGUGCUGGUGACUAGUUGAUAAAAAAAUUGCAAAAAUUAAGUAUUUUUUUAAUGAAGUGUAGCAAGUUUGGUUGGGGAGGUGAGGGGAACAAAGAAAUAUGGACUCAUUUUUGGCUGUCUAUACUUAAUCUUUUAUCAGAUUUUAAAAUAAACAUAUUAUAAAGUACUUAAGUUUGAAUGUGUCAUUUGAUAAUUAAAAGUUCCAGACUUUUGUUGUAAGUCUGGGAAAAAGUCCUGCACGAAAAAGGCAACUUUUAACAAAUCAAAAAAGAUCUACCAGUCACAUCUGGCAGGAAGCAGACUGCAUGCUUAAAAAACAAAAACAAGCCAGUGCCGUACGUGUGACCAAUGAAAUUCUCUGCAUUUAAAUGCCUGAUUCAGACCUAGUCUUCUGCACUUCAAAACCCUUCAAGUUUUUGCAAAACCACUUUGCUCAUAGAGUAAGCACCCACACUUCAGAUUCCUUUGAGACGAUUUAAGGGAAUAAAUGUGUGUGUUGGGAUGUAUUAAACGCUAUGAUUAAGACUGGUUGAAGUUUGGAAGGCUGAUAAACAGCCGAGUUGUAACUUAGUGUUGUACUUACAUUUUUCUUUACCAGACACUUUAAAAGACGCACUUUUAAACAAUCGGAUUUUUGACCCCCGUGUUACCCCUUUAGUUCUAAACAACACCUAUGUCAGAUGUUUCAACCUGUCAGCUAUAUUCCCUUUUUAAAUUCCUUCUCACUGAUAUUGAAAAGGGGGAAACUCUGUAAACAACCUCACUAGAUGGCCAAUUUUUUUUUCAACUAUUUUUUUUUUCGAACGCAAAACUUGUUGGUGCAGAAGUAUCGUAGCCUGCAAUCAUUGCGUGCGAAAUGUUUCUAGCUAUGUCAAUAGAGGGCGCUGUUUUUCUUAUGUUUAUUAUGGGAAGAAAUUAGUUCGGCAAACAAUGCUCUAUAUUAAACUGCUAUUGGCUCCACCCCCCCCCCCCCCCCCCCCUGAUUAACAUAGUUAUUAUUAUUAAGCAAUAAACUAGGAAUCUUUCCAUAUCGGUGAAGUUAAGAACUAAAGGGGUUAGUCCCUGGUGUUUAGUCCCUGGUGGACCGUUCGGGAGUUUAAUGUACAAGGUACACGGGGGUCUAAAAUCAACUGGAUCUAUUAAUGUACAUUUGUAUCUUCAUAAGCUGCUAUAAAUUCUAUUGUUAUACCGUUUGUUGAUUGAA